AAAUGAAUGAUCCAAAUAUUUUUUUAAUCCAAAAUAUUUAGAAUUAUCAGAAAGAACCGAAUGUAUGUAGUAAAUAUAGUAAUUUUGACUAGAGAAAACCGGUAUACUCUAAACCGAAACAAUUUCCAAAAAACACUUAAACCACUCCGAACUAUCUGAUUUCCGGUUUAAAGUAAACACACUGUCAAUUUCUGGCUCUUCUCCAGUCUUCACCGUCUCUCCAAGCCGAAACGAACCAGAAUAAACCUUUUCCGGUCCAUCCCCAUAAACCCUUCCAUAAUCUCGCUAGGUUUCGUGCUGAAAGUUUCAUUUGUCUAAUUGAAGGUUUUUAUUUUUGGUACAAACAAUCUUCAAAGUUUGUUCAGCUGCUUUGGAAGUCUGAUUUGAGCUGGUAAUGAAGUAUGUGAAGCCAUUGAGGUUACUAGGUGAUGCGUUGAAGACAACAAAAGUGUCAGUCCCUGGUCGGUUCCUAGGGUUAGAUGUUGGUGAUAAGUAUGUCGGUUUAGCUAUUUCAGAUCCUUCUAACAUGAUUGCUUCUCCAUUGAGUGUUCUGCUCAGGAAGAAAACAAACAUUGACUUGAUGGCUACUGAUUUCCAGAAUCUGGUCAAAGCAUUUUCUGUGUCGGGCUUAGUGGUUGGUUAUCCAUUUGGCAAACUGAACAAUGUUGAAGACGUUGUCACUGUGAAUCUUUUCAUUGAGGAACUUCGUAAAACCGAGAAACUCAGGGAUUUGAAGUACACUUACUGGGACGAGCGGUUAUCAUCAAAGACUGUUGAACUGAUGUUGAAGCCCUUGAAACUGCAUCCGGUUCAAGAGAAGACAAUGUUGGACAAGUUUGCCGCUGUAGUUAUACUUCAGGAAUACUUAGAUUACGCAAACAGGUAUGUGAACAAUGAGCCAGCAGAGUAAAAGGGAAACGGGUUAUGACAAAUUUGGUUUGAUUGUUAACAACCUCCAAUUCUCUAUAAGAGCUAGUUUUAGAUAUAUGAAUAUUUUGAUGUUUGUUUGCUUGUGACAUUAUCUAUUGUGUACAAAGAUAUCUUCCAUUUAAGCAAAACAUUAUUAUCCUUAAGCAUUAGAAAAAUCAUUC